UCAUGCGCUGCGCCCGUUUCAUUCACAGCAGCAGCAGCAACCUCUCUUUUUAACUGUUUCCAAACCUUUCAAACCGUAAAACGCCAUGGACGCCGAGACUGCCCAGAAGAACUGGGAACUCGAAAACAACAUUGUCACGGUCGAUCCGGCUCAAGACCAAAUCUACUACUACGAUGUUGAAAAGAAUAAAGAGAAUGUCAAUCAACAGCCCUGGAAGACAAAUCCAAACCAUUACAAACAUGUCAAAAUCUCUGCCAUUGCUCUCAUUAAAAUGGUGAUGCAUGCGCGUUCAGGUGGUAAUAUCGAAGUGAUGGGUUUAAUGCAAGGCAAAGUAGAAGGCGACACCAUGAUCAUCAUGGACGCGUUUGGUCUUCCUGUGGAAGGAACCGAGACGCGUGUCAAUGCUCAAAGUGAGGCGUAUGAAUAUAUGGUGUCGUAUAUGGAAAAGGCCAAAGAGGUGGGUCGGCUUGAAAAUGCAAUCGGAUGGUAUCAUUCACAUCCAGGCUAUGGCUGUUGGCUGUCGGGUAUCGACGUCAAUACACAAAUGUUGAAUCAACAGUAUCAGGAGCCCUGGGUUGCUGUUGUGAUAGAUCCCAACCGAACCAUGUCUGCUGGCAAAGUCGAGAUCGGCGCAUUCAGAACAUACCCCAAAGACUACAAGGCGCCUGAUGAUGGCCCUUCACAAUACCAAACCAUUCCUUUGAACAAGAUUGAAGAUUUCGGUGUGCACGCUAAAUCCUACUAUUCCUUGGAGAUCUCACAUUUCAAAUCAACGCUGGAUAACCAGUUACUGGAAGUGCUGUGGAACAAAUAUUGGGUCAACACACUGUCUCAAUCACCGCUCUUGACUAACCGUGACUAUUCGAUGCAACAAAUGGCCGAUCUGACACAAAAGCUUGAACAAACCAACGAUACCAUGUCAACGCGCAUGGGUGGUUACUAUGGCGACCGAAAGAAGCAUGAUGAAAGUCAGUUGGGCAAACUGACAAAGGACAGCUCCAAGAUCACAAGUGAAGCUAUGCAUGGCUUAUUAUCUCAAGUACUUAAAGAUCUUAUCUUUAACUCCACUCGAUCUACUGUUUCCUCUUCGUCUUUACAAAAAACAAAGCAUGUAUAAAACUGAACUCCAUAAACUGGAUAUUGCUGCUUUUCGCUUACACACACACACACACACACACACAAAAUAAAACAUCAAGACAAUCUCUUUCUGAUGCGGUUUUUUUUAAUGGAAUAAUAAAAAG